AUGGGCGUGGUGGGGAGCGUGAUUACACAGAACGUCGACUCGUUCCACCCGACCGCGCACCCUCCCCUCCCCACUAUCGAACUCCACGGCUACCUCCGCUCCCUCGUCUGCCUCACCUGCCACAACGAAUACCCGCGCCGCACCUUCCAGGCCCAACUCGCCCGCCUGAACCCCACCUGGGCGUCUUUUCUCGACGAAAUGCUCGCCUCGGGCGCCCUCGACACGGAGAACCCGGCCGAGCGCCGGAAAAAGGGCCUCAAGGCAAAUCCCGACGGCGACGUUGAUGUUCCCGACGCGCCGUACACGACCUUCAGAUACCCCGCAUGUCCAACGUGUUUGGCGUCGCCGCCGCGGAAACCCACGGGCGGAGCAGUGCGUAUUCAAACGGAUGCAGACGGCGCGUGGGAUCCGAAGAGCGAGGGCGGCGUGCUCAAGCCCGCGGUCAUCAUGUUUGGCGAAUCAAUCCCCGCAGCCACCAAAGUCGCCGCCGAAGAGGCUGUCGAUGCCGCGGGCCGCAUCCUGGUGGUGGGAAGUAGUCUGGCGACGUAUUCGGCGUGGAGACUGGUGAAGAGGGCGAAGGAGCGGCAGAUGCCGAUUGGCAUAUUGAACAUGGGUGGCGCGAGGGGCGAGGAGAGUUUCUUUAGUGAUGCGCCCGAGGGGAAUAUGGGUCGCGAGGCAUUGCGCAUCAGUGAGAAUGCGGAACAGGUGUUGCCGCAGAUUGUGCAGAUGCUGGGGGAGAUGAAGAGAUAG